AUGAACCUAUGGCAACCAAUUCUCUUGCUGGCAGUUACGAGCCUGUCUGUUGCCGGAAACUGCCCCUUUGCCAAAUUUGCCAAAGCCGGCAAUGGUGGUGUUCCCGAGCUUGACCAUGAAAAGCUGAACGACUUCGUUGCCAAGAUGAAGCAAUAUGCCCCCGAAGACGCAGCUCCCCUAGCAGAGAAGCUUCGCGCGGCAUUCGAUCCAGCCUCUCAGCAAACCGAUGUCAGAGACGACCUCUAA